AAUUGUUUAGAAGUGAAGUUUUUUAUUUCUCGUUCAAUAAUUUCCUGAUCUUAUGUGUGCUUUAAAAAUGGCAAACAUCAAACAGCUAAAAUCGUUGUGAUUUGAUUGAAAUCAUUGAAUUGAAAUGUUUUUAUUUAUAAUAAAAGAACUAAGAUUGUGGUGUUAAUGUUUAUUGAUUUCAUUUAAUCAACAAAAACUAAAAUUGGAGAGAAAAAAAACUGGAAUUUAAAAAAAAGUAAUGACAACAAUGGAAUCUGACUCCGAAAGUCAGGACAGCGAUGACGGACGUCGAUUUCGUUUUGAAGCCACAAGAAAAGAUGCAACAACAAUUUCCCACUCAAAAUAUCGAGACUCACCGUAUUCUAGUCGUCAAGAGCAACAAUCAAGAUCUCCGGGACCAUCGGACAGAAAUCGAAAGGACAGUGAUAAAUUUUUGAGUCGCGGACGGGAUUCUCGCUCUCGAUACGAUUCCCCCCGAGACUCAAAGGACAGACGCGAUCGACAUUCAUUUCAAAAAUAUCUCAAAGAUUCUAAAGAUGCACACGAUUCGAAGCACCUGAAGCACAGGGACGAAAGGGAUUACAAGAGUUCAUCAGUACAACGAGAAAGAGAAGAUCGCGAUCAAGGAGAGACGAAGGAUCUCAGAGAUUCGAAGGACAGAAAAGAUGCCAAAAGUUCAAGGUCCAAUGAGAAGGAUUCAAAGAGUUUGAGAGAAUCGAGAAGUUCACGGGAUGACAGUAGAAAGAGAUCACGAGACAGAAGUCGCAGUGAUAGAUCAUCGAGUGAUAGGCAUAAAUUAAAAUAUCACGAGAAGCAGAAAACUCAUUCGAAAGAUAAAUUACUCAAGGACGAGAGAAUUUUAGGAAAAAAUGAAAAAACCACAACAAAAGUUUCAAUGGAAAUUAAAAUCGAUGAGAAUUUGUCAAAGGUCAGUAAAGAUUCUGCCUGUCGUGAAUUUAACAUAUCAGACUUUGAAAUUGUCUCCGAUCUCGAGGAAUUUUCAUCCGACUGUUCAAACAUCAGUAGUCAGGAUAAUAAAUCAAAGUUGAAAAAAAGAAAUUUAAAUUCAAAGCAAGAUUCCAUAGAAGGACAAACGGAACGUAAAAAACAUCGUCUCGACGAUCUGCAAAAGGUAAAUCCAAGGAAUGGUAAUCAUUCCGCCUCUUCAAGUAAUAAUAAUCCUAGUGCCUUUUCAGAUUUCACUUUAGAUUCGUCAAGUAAAAAAUUUCAAGUCGAAGAUGAGAAAACUGCAAAUCGUCUAUUGUUGGAAUCGAACACUUUACGUGACUCAAGUUAUAGUGAUAAACCAAUUAAAUCUAAUGAGAGAGAAAAGAGUCCGGGAUUCAGUAACGAAGAUAUUAAUCAAGAGAGUACGAGUAGAAAAAUUGUAAAGGAGAAAAGAAUAAUUGGACCCACGAUGCCAUCUUCCAGUCAUAAGUCAACAAAUUUAGAAGAUGACAAUCUUUCGUCAAAUAAAUGGGAGAAAAAGUCGAAGAGUAAAAAGCAUGAAGAUGAAGAAUUGUUGGAGGAACCUUUUCGGAAGAGAACUAUUGGACCAAGCUUGCCUCCUCAUCUUUCGUCGAAACAAUCGGAAAGUGAUGAAGAUGAUGAUGAUGAUGACGAAGUUUACGGGCCUGUUUUACCGUCUCAUUUAACAAAUAAAGAUAAAAUGCAUUCUAAAGGGAAAAUUUACGGUCCUACCUUGCCUAGUGAAUUGAAGACCGAUUGUGUUUCGGCUGAAUCAGAUGAUGAUGAUGAUGAUGAUGUUAUUGGACCCUUACCUGCCGAUCAUUCAGCUCAUAAAACUAGUAUUGUGCAACAAAGUCUUGAAUUAAGAGCACAACGACUUCAAUACGAAUUAAUGACACAGCAUACAAGUAAAGAAAAGAAGAGAGAAGAGUGGAUGACGGAAUUGCCAGCAGUUCAAGCUGUGUCAUUGGGACUUGGUCCCAGAAAAUUCAAAACGCGAGAUGGUCCAGAUUUAUCGGAUCGAUCCUCUUGGAGUGACACUCCGGCAGAUAAAAUGCGGAAAAAGCAGGAAAAGGCGGAGGAAAGAUUAGCAGCUAUAGCCAAUAAAGAGGAACCAAUUAAGGAAUUCUUUGUAAAAGAAGAAUCAUCAGAAAAGUCAAAGAAACGGCAUAAAUCAUUAUUGGAAAUACAUCAGAAGAAAUUGAAGAAGAAAAAGAAGAAAGAAGAAAAGGAGGCUAGGGAAAAGAAUAAAUCCACCAGAAGACCAUUCGAUCGAGACAUUGAUUUAGAAUCAAAUAGAUUUGAUGAGGCUCAAAAGAAACACAUUUUCAUGAAGGCCCAAUUGCUUGACGACAGAUUCACUCGAGGAAAGAUGUAAGACUUUAAAUUUAAAAAAGAAACAAAAUAACAAUUCAAUCUAAAGUGAUUAGACAAAAAAAAAAAAAAAAGAAAUUUAGAAAUUUGAUGAGUACAAAAAAUAGUAAAUUGGACACAAAAAUUAAUUACUGAAAAAUUAAUCUAAUAUUCAAAACAAAAAUCAAUUUUUUUUUGAACAUUUGGAAGUCUUACUAUUUAUAGGGCAUGAUAAGUUUUCUCACAAACAUACGAAUGUUUUUUUUUAUAAUUUUUUUUUAUUAAUAUUAAUGAAAACUAUUGUACAUUUACAAUUUUCUUGUUAAUUUAAAUUCGACUUUUGAUAUUUCUUUAAUUAAUCGAUCUUUGAUAUUUGUUGAUAUAAUUUUGAAAGAAAUUCAAUAUUUUCGAAUCGCCUGAGACUGAAUUAUUCUUUAAAAUAAUCAGGUAUUUCAUUAUAUAAUAGAUUUUUUUUUAAUUCAAGAACCAAUAAAUUGGCUAAUUGUACAGUACAUAAAUAUAUGUAUAUGUAAUGUUUUGUAUACACAUUUCACUUUACAAAGCGAUCUUCUAAGUUAAUCAAAAAUUAAUUAAUUAUAAUUAAUAAUAAUAAUAAUUAAUAUUUCGCUACACUUUACAGUAAGAUUAAUUUAGUACAAUUUUUAGAAUAUACAAAAAAUUAGGAAACAAUAAAAUUAUUGAUAGUUUGAAAUUAUGCUCGUGUCUCUUCUUUAGAUCCACAUUUUAUUAUACUUUCCGUUUCAAAAAAGGGUUUCAAGUCGUAAAUAUUGUAAUAUAUUCAUGUAAAAUUAGAUUUUUUUGUUUAAUAAUCGAAAAUGCUAAAUGUUUAUAAACAAACGAAAAUUAUGUAUGACGCGCAUACGAAAAAAGUGAAUUUGAGGUUAUGUUGGUAAUUUUCAAAAUGAAAAGAACAGAGGAUCAAUGACAAUACUACAAAUUAUUGUUGCUCAAGUCUUCAGAGCGUUGAAAAUAUUCAAUAAAAGGUUUCAAAUUUACGUAAUUAAAAAGGAAGGUUUUAUUAUAAAGAAAAAUCGAAAACAAACAUAACCUAUAAUUCGGUAUUUUCGGCACUUUUUUUGGAGCGUGUUAAAUACAAGGAUACAAGGGCUUUAAAAAAUUUAUAUAAAUAAAUUCUACCUUGUCGAACUUUAUAUUACACCGCUGCUGUUUUUUCUCGAGCAGAUAGUAAUUAAGAGAAAGGUAACCAAUGUGGAUCUUUUUAUAUUUUGUGAAAAAAACUUGAAUAUUGUUCUUGUUCACUAAAGAACUGUUGCAUCUUAUAACUUAUAAUUGUGUAAAUUAUAAAUUAGUAAAUAAAAUGAGAUUUUUAUGCAA